UGGUGCUUCAGUAAAGUUACACUUCAGGUUUUACAAGCUUGGUUUGAAGUCUUUUUCCUAAAAUGGAGAGGUCAGUGCAUCAGUUGCACACAAGACAUUUUUUCCCUCUCACGGGAGCAGAGGGCUCACACGCUGAUCACAGCACAGUUUCUGGAUUAUGAUGUCUUCAGUCCACUGGAUUUGUUAACAAUUUCAGUUUUUCACUCGCAGCCUGUGUGUAUGGAAAUGUUUUAUCCUCUUCAGCAUUAUCAAAUGACACCAGAAGCUGUUGGAAUGAACUGUAGGAAGCAGUUUGUGGGAAGAUAAUCAUGUCGUUGACAUUUGGGAAAGUGAAGACAUGUAACUCUGCUGCAGCAGACAGAUGUCCAGCUCAGUGUAACCUGGUGCUGCUCGGUGUGAUGGGCUCCGGGAAAUCAGCACUGACUGUUAAAUUCCUCACAAAGCGCUUCAUCAGCGAAUAUGACCCUUAUCUAGAGGACAUCUAUUCCUCAGAAGAGACGGUGGACCAGCAGCCAGUCACAGUGAGAGUGAUGGACACCUGUGACCAGAAGGGUCCAGUGAAUAGUGAGCGUUACCUGUCGUGGGCCAAUGCCUUCCUCAUAGUCUACAGCAUUGACAACAUGGAGAGCUUCAGAGGCUGCCAGCUGUACCUGCAGACACUCGCCCUGCACAACAAAACCUUCAGGCCACAAACUCCUAUCAUCCUGCUGGGGAACAAGUUGGACAUGGACAGAUACAGGCUAGUGAGUCGUUGUGACGGUGAGCUGCUGGCGUCUCGUUUUGGCUGUUUGUUCUUUGAGGUGUCCGCCUGUCUGGACUUCCUGUCUGUGCAGCGUGUCUUCUAUGAGGUGGUGAGGAGAGCGAUGCGCGGAGGGCAGCGCAGCCAUCUGAUCCCGGCGGUCUACAUCAGCGAGGACAAAUCGCUGCUCGGUGUCCCUUCCUUUACCACCCCCUGCUACAAAGAGCUGCCAGCUCCUGCCACCGCCAAGCUGGUCACCGUUAAGACAUCCAGAGCACAGAGCAAACGGAGGGCCGCCACACUCACCCUUCUGAAAGGCUUCAAGAUCUUCUGACACCCCCUGACCCCCUCCAAUUAGAAGAUCUCCUUUUUAGAUGUACGCUAUAAAGGCGAUGGACACAAUAUCAUGAGCAGUUAGUACCUCAACCCAACUCAACUUAACUCAAACUUUAUUUAUAAGGCACAUUUAAAACAACCGGGGUUGACCUAAGUGCUGUACAGAUAUCACAGCUGCAGGAAAUAAGGUAAAAACUAAAAUAUUAAAAUACAUAUAUCACAGUUGCAGGUAACAACUAAAAUACAUAAACACAAUGCAAUACAAUAGAAUAAAAAUAAAAUAGAAUAAAAUAAAAUAAAUUAAAAUUUGAAUAUUUUUUUGCCAGAUGUAAACUUAAACUUGAUUAAAAGCCAGGGAGAAAAAGUGUGUUUUUAGGGAGAAUUUAAAAACCUCAAAAGACCCUGCAGAUGGGAUGUGCCAGGGCAGGUUCUUCCAGAGCCCUAAAGGCACGGUCCCCUUUGGUUUUGAGUCUGGUUUUAGGGGUGGCCAGUAGCAGCUGAUUGGAGGAUCUGUUGUGUGUUCUGGUAGGGGCGUGGAUUUGAAGGAGCUCUGUCAAAUACUGGGGGGCUGGGCCAUUAAAAGCUUUAAAAACAAACAAUACAAUUUUAAAAUCUAAAAUCAGUCAGACAACUCACGUGAUGCAGUUGAUGUUUAUUGCAACAGCAGAACAUAUUAGAUUUGGCGCCUAGGCUCCGACCUCAUCACUCUUCAGGCAGUUGCAUGAGGUAUUGAGGAGUGAUGUAGUAAAAUCCCCCGUCGGAGCCUACAGGUGGAUGCUGGGUGGUGGUGGGGCUGAGAAAGCAAGCGGCAGUACAGAUACAACAGCAGCAGCAGCAUUGGCAGACAGAGGGAGAGCUGAGGUUUACUCUUAUCUUAAAUAGACCGCCAGGUUGGAUAGAGGGUGUGCUUAGGUCAGGGGUCGGCAACCUUUACUAACUCAAGAGCCAUUGUUGGCCAAAAAAAGAGAAAAAUAUCGUAAUGGAGCCACAAACCUUAUUUUGAGCCUUACAAUGAAGACGAAACAGCCUACUGAGUCGCUCCAUUUCUCUCAGUGGCAUCAGCAGCCAAUGACUUAUAUGCAUGACUUUAAAGCAGUGAUUGGAGGAUUCUUGCUGAAAUUAAACAUCAUAUAUUACUUAUUUUCUUCUGUUUUUAAGUGCCUGGACUUCUUGUACCUUUCAUGUUUUAGACAAGUGAAAUGUCACUUUCAUAACCAAAGUCCAUUGGGUUAGUCUGAAUCAGAGUGAAAUUGAUACUUUAAGUUUGUUUCAUAUUUAGUCU